GGAAGCCACGUGGACAAGGAUUCCUGCUCCCACAGCCCUUCUGGACCACGGCAGAUAAACCUCUGCCUGACCAUUCCCCGUCUUUUUUAGGCCCUGGUAAUCACUCAGCAGGCAUCAGGCUUGGCCACCUGGGAUGAUGCUGUUCACGCUGUCCAUCUGUCUGCUGUGGCUCUGUGCCAGCAGCCCCCAGACGGCCCAGGCGGAGCUAGAUACCAGCAGAGAUGAACGUCAGCUGGCUCCCAACAAUGCUGACUUUGCCCUCAAGCUAUAUAAGCACCUCGUGGCCUCAGCUCCUGGCGAGAACAUCCUCAUCUCCCCCAUCAGCAUCUCCAUGGCCUUGGCCAUGCUGUCCUUGGGCAUUCAUGGGCACACACGCACACAGAUCCUCCAGGGCCUGGGCUUCAACCUCACGCAGAUUCCCGAGGCUGAGAUCCACCGGGGCUUCCAGCAUCUCCGCGGCCUCCUCGGAGAGCCAAGCAGCAGCGGGGAGCUGGCCAUGGGCAACGCCUUGUUCUUCAACCGAAGCCUGGAUCUGGGGGAGUCAUUCUUGACAGUCAGCAAGCGCUAUUACGCUCUGGAGGGCCUGGCUGCAGACUUCCAGGACUGGGACCUCGCUGGCAGGCAGAUCAAUGAAUUUGUCAAGAACAGAACCCAGGGCAAGAUCUCAAACUUGUUUUUGGAGCCAGAGGACUCAGCCCCCCUCAUCCUGGUCAACUACAUCUUCUUCAAAGGCUUGUGGGCACACGGCUUUGACCCAGCCAGGACCCAGGAGGAGAACUUCUACGUGAACAAGACGACGACCGUGAAGGUGUCCAUGAUGUCCAUGUCGAGUGCCAUCAGGUACCUGAGGGACCCGGAGCUGCCCUGCCAGGUGGUACAGCUGGAGUACACGGGCAACGGGACUGUCUUCUUCAUCCUCCCGGACCAGGACGAGGGGGCGCUGGACACCGUGCUGGCCGCACUGAGCCGGGACACUAUUGGCCGCUGGUCCACAUCCCUGAGCAGAGUCCAGAUGAAAUUGUCCAUUCCAAAGGUCUCUAUCUCCGGGGUCCACGACCUCUGGAACAUCAUGGUCACCCUGGGCCUCGUGGGUGACCAGGUGGACCUCUCAGGCAUGGCCCAGAAGGACCAGCUCAAGAAGCCCAAGGUGCUGCACAAGGCGGUGCUGCAGGUGGACGAACAGGGUGCUGAGCCCGCCCCACCCACCCUGAGCAAGAAGUCGGACCCUGAGCCCAUAACCGUCCAGUUCAACCAGCCCUUCAUGGCCAUGGAGUUCGACCACUUCACCUGGAGCAACACCUUCCUGAAUUUUGUUGUGAACCCAAGCUCAAAUAUUUGCAGCAGGCUUGCACCUGCAAACCCUAACCUUCUGCCCUCUCUCCGAGGCAAGACCCUGGGGCACCAAGGCCACUCACAGGAGGUGGUCGUGCUGCCGAGGGGUGAGCUCCAUGCUGACCAGAUGAAGCUGGUACUGAGGCCCCUGCUGCUUUGCCUUCUGGCUGAGGGGUGGCUGGCGGCCAGCUGGACCCCAACCCCAAGUCUCCAGGCAGCAGAGGCCUGGGCGGGGCCUGAGAGUCUGCAGAGCCCCACUGCCCAGGCCCAGACCACAGAGGGGACUCUGACUUCUCAGGAACAGCUGGCAGAGGAGGCCGACUGGCUGGAGGCCAGCAGGCAGCUCUCUGAGGGUUCUGCCAACUUGGGGUUCAGCCUGCUCCGCAAGCUUGCCCUGAGGCAUGAUGACAACAUCGUCUUCUCCCCACUUGGCCUGUCCCUGGCCAUGGCCAUCUUGAUGCUGGGGACCACGGGCCAGACCAGAGCUCAGCUGGAGAGCGGGCUGGGCCUGCAGGCCCUGGACCUGAGCCGACCGGGACGCCUACCCACCCUCUUCAAGCGCCUCCGGGACAGCCUCUCCCACAGCCAGGAGCUGGGCCUUGCCCAGGGUAGCCUGGCCUUCCUCCACAAGGACCUGGAGGCCAAGGACACCUUCCUGGCCCUGGCCCAGAGGUAUUUUGAUACCCAGUGUGUGUCCGUGAACUUCCAGAACGCCUCGCAGGCCCGAGGACUCCUGAACAGCUUUGUUAGCAGGGAGACUCGGGGGAAGGUGCCCAGGCUCCUCGACCGAGUGGAUCCUGACACUAAGCUGAUCCUGGUGGAUUUUAUCCUGCUCAAAGGGAAAUGGCUGAACCCCUUCGACCACGAGUCCACCGAGGUCAACACUUUCUACCUGGACAAGUACCAGGCUGUGAAGGUGCCUAUGAUGUACAGGGCCGGCAAGUUUGCCAGCACCUUUGACAAGAGCUUGCGCUGCCACGUCCUGCAGCUGCCCUACCAGGGGAACGCCACCAUGCUGGUGGUCGUCUCAGAGAAAGUGGGUGAGCACCUGACCCUGGAAGACUUCCUGACCACAGCCCUGGUGGAAGAGUGGCUGAGGAACAUGAAGACCAGAAAAAUGGAAGUUUUCUUGCCGAAGUUCAAGCUGGACCAGAAGUCUGAGAUGCAGGAGCUGCUCAAAGAGCUGGGGGUCAGCAGGGUCUUCUCUGAGGGGGCUGAGCUGAGCGAGGUCUCUGCGCAGGACCUCAGAGUGUCCCAGAUGGUACAGAGAGCAGUGAUCGAGGUCGAUGAGAAGGGAACCGAGGCGGCCGCAGGAACCCUGCUGGAGAUCAUGGCGUACUCCAUGCCCCCCGUCAUCAAGGUGGACCGGCCCUUUCACUUCAUGAUCUAUGAAGAGGUCUCCAGGGCGCUCCUAUUUCUGGGCAGGGUGGUGAAUCCCAUGCUCCCGUGAUUCGGGACACACAGCACUGCACGGGCCUGGAGCAAUGCUGGGUGGGAGGUCUCUGAGCCAUCAGCAUUGUGGCACUGGGUGGAGGGAGGGUACGCCUCGCCCGUGUCCCGGAAGUCCAGGCCAUUCUUAGAUGAACCCAAAUUAUUAAAGUUGAAUUUAAGAAUCUA